UCGCGAAGUGGUUCAAGUAAUCAUAAACUGGUUAAGUUGCCAACUAUUCAGUUACCAAAAUUUCAAGGUUCAUACGAGAAUUGGCUAGGUUUUCGAGACACUUUCGCAAGUCUAAUACAUUCCAACGAUGACAUCGAUAACAUUAACAAAUUUCAUUAUUUAAGAGCAUCGUUGGAAGGGUCUGCGGCCUUGGUUAUUCAAUCAAUUGAGUUUUCUGGGAGUAAUUAUGAGGUCGCAUGGACCCUUUUAUGUGAGCGGUUUGAUAAUAAAAGAUUACUACUGCAAAAUCAUGUAUCUGCACUAUUUACCGUCGAGCCAAUCACAGAGGAGUCGUCCAUGCAACUGAAACGGCUUAUAGAUCAAGUAAACAAAAAUCUAAGAUGCUUAGAAUCCCUAGGUGAGCCUGUCAAACACUGGGACACGCUUCUUAUCCAUAUUAUUAGUAACAAGUUAGACACUACAACUUAUCGUGAGUGGGAGGAACACAAAGGAAGCCUAGAUAAAAAUGUACCUAUUUCGUUUGAUAAUUUUAUCACUUUUAUGCGUAAUCGAGCAGACUUAAUUGAAACUUUAGAGUUGUCGAGCGCCUCAGGCGCCGGUCAAUCGAGUCAGCCGGCUAAAAUCGCAUCAAAACAUAGGACUUUGCUUUCUACACAAACCACCAAACACUGUAUCACUUCGUCGUCUACACCGUGUCCGAAAUGUAAUGGUGAACACAAUUUAAAUAACUGCGCUCAGUUUCUUGCCUUAAGUAAUGCCGAACGGCUUAACUUGUUACCGGCUUACAAGAUAUGUUUCAACUGUUUUCGAGGCGGUCACUAUGCAAACCAAUGCAAGAAGGCCGGGUGUAAAUUAUGUAAGCGAAAACAUAACUCCCUUAUUCAUAUCGCAGAGCAUAACCUAAAAACUGAAUCGAGUUCGUGCGAGCGGUCUGGAGUGCAGGCAGGUACUGCGCCGGCGCAAGUGGCGGGGAGCGCGAACAUUACGACGUUAUCAGCUAGUAUGAGCACGGUAGCGUCUCAACCGUGCGCAUCUGAGCAUGGUGCCGUGCUACUAGCAACAGCACUAAUUAAGGUCUAUGGGCAUAAUAACAGCGAAUUUAUAGUAAAAGCAUUGUUAGAUAAUUGCAGCGCAACCAGUAUUAUGACUGAGAGGCUGUGUCGUCAAUUAAAUUUACGUACUGAUCAGGUAAAUAGAUCGAUUGUAGGAGUAAACAAGUUGAAGACCCCUGUAGGUAAAAUAUGUCAAGUACCAAUAAAGUCUUUAGAUGAUACCUACUCAACCAGUUUAAUUUGUUCUGUGCUGCCAUCUAUAACUGAACCCACACCUUAUCAUCAGAUUGACUCUUACGAUAUAUUGCGAUUAAAUAUCCCAUCAGAUUUGUGCUUGGCUGAUCCUAACUUCCACACUCCAUCUGAAAUUGAUAUUUUGAUUGGGGGUGAUCUAUUUUGGGGGUUGUUGGGGUCACACAAAAUUGAGUUAGGUGACGGACGAACGGUGCUGUGCGAAACUAAAUUUGGAUACAUAGUCGCAGGUCCGUUAAUCAGCGGUCACGCAUCGACUUCUUCGCAUGCCAUUAAAUGUAAUUUUGCAAAUGUCAUCUCUAAUACGAGUGCAGAUUUGACUAAUGAAGAGAUUCAAACCCAACUUACAAAAUUCUGGCAGCUUGAAGACGUCUGUCCUAAAGACUCUCAUUACUCUUCGGAGGAGAAGUCAUGUGAGAAGCAUUUUACCGAAACUGUCACUAGGCUGGAGAAUGGGCGAUUCUGCGUCCGGUUACCAUUGAAGGAGGAUCCUAGCGUUCUAGGGAAUUCGUUUAACCGCGCCAGGCAGUGCUUUUUAUCACUAGAGCGUAGAAUUGAUUCACGUCCAAAGUUCAGAGACAUGUAUAAGGAAUUUAUGGCAGAAUAUGAGUCACUGAAUCACAUGACUGAGUGUAAAGAGUCUAGGUUAGAGCAGCAGGCAUACCACAUACCUCAUCAUGGAGUUUUAAGGGAGAGCUCUACUACAAAAUUGAGGGUAGUUUUCAAUGCCAGCGCUCCCACCAGCUCUGGGAUAUCCCUGAAUAAGAUCCAGAUGGUAGGGCCCACUGUACAGGAUGACCUUUUGUCUAUACUGCUUCGAUUCAGGCAACACAAGUAUAUUAUUUCAGCGGAUGUAGAGAAAAUGUAUAGGCAAAUAGUAGUUCAUCCUGAUGAUAGAUAUUUGCAGCGGAUUUUGUGGCGAGCUAAUCCAUCUGAACCUUUAAAAAUAUUUGAAUUAAACACGGUUACAUACGGGACUGCUAGUGCACCUUUCUUGGCAACACGGUGUUUAAAACAGCUGGGCAUUGAGUGUAAAGAUGAGGUCGUUCGCGAGGUCAUUAUUCACGACUUUUAUGUCGAUGAUCUGCUCACUGGCGGGGAUGACUUGCAACAAGUGCUUUCCAUUAAGAGUCAGGUUACUUCUACUCUAGCAUCAGCUGGUAUGAAUUUGAGAAAAUGGAAAUCAAAUGAACCCCAACUUAUGGCGGACUCGGAUUCGUCUCAAUUAGAUUUGAAUAUUGGCACUAAACCCAGUAAAAUCCUGGGACUGAGCUGGCAGCCAGAGUCUGAUGAGUUGAGCUUCCCGGUUGGUAAAUGUUCGCUUGUCGUCAAUACUAAACGGGAUUUGCUAUCAGCAGUGGCGCAAAUAUUCGACCCCACUGGUGUGCUGGCUCCUUGUGUCAUUCUCAUGAAAAUGUUGUUGCAAAAUUUAUGGCUACAGAAACUUUCAUGGGAUCAGAAGUUAACUCCUGAGAUUAUCAAGCUUUGGGAGGAAAUUGUCCGCGAUCUACCCUGUCUCAAUGAUAUUCGUACUCCACGGUUAGUUUUAUGUGAGUCAUACGAGGAAGUUGAAUGUCAUAUUUUUACAGACGCAUCUGAGCGGGCGUAUGGUGCUUGCUUAUAUUUGCGGAGCAUUAAUGAGAAAGGGGACGUGUUGGUUAGGCUGCUAUUAGCCAAGAGCCGCGUGGCUCCCAUUAAACCUACCACAAUCCCAAGGCUUGAACUUUCCGGUGCGCUAGCAGGAGUUAGAUUAUAUGAAAAGGUAGUAGACUCACUACGAAUCAGUUUUAAGAGUAUAACGUUUUGGACCGACUCCACAAUUGUGCUAGGAUGGUUGCGGAUGUUACCUAGUAAGUUACAACCUUUUGUUCGCAACCGUGUAGCGGAAAUAUUAGAAAAGACGGGUAACUGCACAUGGCGACAUGUGCCGACACAUGAAAACCCUGCUGACCACGUUUCUCGUGGAAUACCUGCCAGUCUUCUUAAGUCUCUCGAUAUAUGGUGGUCUGGGCCUACCUUCUUAAGACAGGAUAAAUCUCAAUGGCCGGCAAGUCCGGUAGUAGUAGAAACACUACCUGAAACUCGGUCUGAAAUUGUACUGCACGCGAACGUUACGAACAACCAGGGAGAAGAAAACGGUGACAGUUUAAUUGAUUUCUCCCGGUUUUCUAGUUUAUCACGGCUUAUUCGAACAGUCUCUUAUAUUGUUCGCUUUGCGAGUGUGUGUAGAAAGCAAGUUGCAUCAACAAUUUACCUAACUGACAGCGAGCUGAGAACCGCGUUGAAUAUAGUUAUUAGGGUGUCUCAAGCGGAAUCAUUCUCAGAAUAUAAUAUCUUGUUGAACAGCCAACGUCUUCCAAAAAAAAGCCCUUUGCUCAAACUUAACGUAUUCUUGGAUGACAAGAAAAUAAUGCGUGUAGGAGGUCGAAUCGAUAACUCUAACUUUUCAUUUGAGAAAAGGCAUCCGAUUGUGAUUCAUGCUAAACAUCGGUUCACGAAGUUAUUAUUUGAAUCUGAGCACAAGAGAUUAAUGCACGCAGGCCCGCAAUUAUUAUUAUCCUCUGUUAAGGAUGAAUAUUGGCCCAUCGGUGGGACUAACUUAGCGAAAGCGUGUUUCCAGAAAUGCCUCAAAUGUAUCCGUAUGAAAGGCCAAGUUGUAGCACCGUUAAUGGGAAAUUUACCAGCGUCGCGUCUUAUCCCAGGUAUGCCAUUUAAGAGCGUUGGUGUCGAUUAUGCGGGCCCUCUGACUUCUGCCAGUCGUCAGGGUCGUGGAUGUAGACUUGUGAAGGUGUAUUUAGCCAUUUUCGUGUGUUUCACCACAAAAGCGGUGCAUCUGGAGUUAGUUGGUGACUUAACCAGUAACAGUUACUUAUCAGCGUUGCGUCGUUUUGUGUCUCGUCGGGGUCUGCCAACCGACAUUUAUUCUGAUAACGGCACAUCAUUCGUGGGUGCAUACAAUGAGCUGUCAAAAUUCUUAAAGAGCAAUUGUGAUUCGCUGGCUGAGGCCGCAGCUCAUGAAAAAAUUAACUUCCAUUUCAUUCCGGCAUAUUCUCCACAUUCAGGAGGGCUUUGGGAAGCUGGGGUGAAAUCGACCAAGUUUCAUUUAAAAAGAGUGCUGGGAGAUUGUAACUUAACGUACGAGCUACUUAACACUGUGCUGGUCCAGAUUGAAGCGAUCUUGAACUCUCGGCCACUUACUCCCAUGUCGUCGGACCCGCAAGACCUGCUGCCACUCACUCCGGGACAUUUUCUUAUCGGGCGUCCUAUGACCUCAUUGCCAGUCAAGGACAUUAGAGAGCACAAAGUAACUUACCUUAACCGUUAUCAACGCGUUGAGCAAUUGCGGCAGCAUUUCUGGAGCAGAUGGAGCAAAGAAUACAUCUCGGAGCUCCAGGUCAGGACAAAAUGGCGCACUAACAAUGAGGUGCUACGAUUGGGCACCUUGGUGCUCAUUAAAGAGGACAACUUGCCGCCCUUGAAGUGGAAAUUAGGCCGCGUCGUCGCUGUUUACCCUGGACGCGACGGAAUCACCAGAGUGGCGGAUAUAAGGACUGCGGGAGGACUAGUUCGCAGGUCCUUCAGUAAGAUUUGCCCGCUCCCGGUGACAACAAACGAGUCUGGUUGAAAGGCAAGCUUCCAACGCCCGGGGGCAUGUUUGCAUGAUGACCUGGGUCAUGAAGCGCCUACACAAUAUGAAUGCGCAAACUGUCAGGGAGGCCAACCGACGCUCAUAUAUAAUUAAGUGUAGUUCAAAAUUUGCAUGUCAUUUUUUACAUUCAUUCUGUACCACAAUUAAGAAGUACACGUCUCAUUUAAUUAUUCUGGAGUUUCUUUUCUACAAGUCCGUCAAGCCCUUGAACACAAUGGAUUUUGCCUUCGAAGUGUGUGAAUAAUCACACGCAGGUUGAAAAAUCUAAUACAAUUUUAUCUUAUUUACC